ACCAGUGAUCCACUGUUGCAUGUUACUCUUCUUGGUGGUGAGUGGAGGUCAUCUGCUGGUGGGUUGUCAACAAUAAACAGAGAGCUUGCUAUUCACCUUUCAAAUCAUUCGGCAGUGAAGGUUUCUUUGCUAGUCCCAGAGGGAGCUUGUAACACUGAAGAAAUAAGAGAAGCAGAUAGUAAUGGAAUCACCAUUGUUGAGGCAAAAGAACGUGCAGCGUAUGAUCGUCUUGAUUGGUUAAGCUCACCACCCAAGGAUCAUGUCAUGGACAUCGUUGUUGGUCAUGGUGUUAAACUUGGUCGGCAAGUUCAAUUCAUUAGAGACUCUGCUCAAUUUCCAAAUUGUAAGUGGGUACAAGUGGUUCACACUGCUCCAGAGGACCUAAGCAGAUACAAAUGCUACACUGACCCCAUUUCAAAAGGUGAAACAAAACACAAAUCAGAAGUUGAACUUUGCAAACUUGCUGAUCUUGUUGUGCCCGUGGGACCCAAACUGAAAGAAGCAUACACUUCAUAUUUACAGCGAUGCAAGACAGAUCAAGACGUUUUGACCAUUACUCCAGGUCUUUUUCAAAGGGAGUUUGGGGAACUAGUUACAAAACAAGAUCCUAACGAGGAUGGUGAAUUCAAAGUGUUGUUAUUUGGUCGUGGGGAUGAUGAGGACUUUGAACUCAAAGGAUACAACAUUGCUGCUAAGGCAUUUACUGAUCAACGGUUAAAAAACAAACCUUAUCAUCUAAUCUUUGUCGGAGCACCUGAAGGAAAGGAAGAAGAAGUUAGAGAAAAACUUCUACAGCGUGGUAUUGCAGAAGCACAGUUGACUGUUAGAAAAUUUAUACAAAGUAGAGACAGACUGAAAGAUUUGUUGUGCGAAGCUGACCUUGCCAUCAUGCCAUCAAAAUCAGAAGGAUUUGGUCUUGUUGCACUUGAGGCCUUGUCUGCAGGUUUACCCAUUCUUGUUAGUAGUAGGUCAGGAUUUGCCAAAGCAUUAGAAAAUGUUUUGAUUGGUUUUACAUGCAUCGUGAAUUCAGCUGAUCCUGGAAAAUGGGCAAAAGCAAUAGAAGCUGUUCGUACCAGGCAUCGUAUGCGGCUGGAAGAGAUUAAAUCACUGAGAGCUUGUUAUGGGGAGAUGUACAGGUGGAAGGAGCAAUGCGAAGCCCUUGUGAACAGAAUGUGGAAAAUGAGUCAUGGUAAGAAAUAUACCCCUUUACAAUCCUAAACGAUUACUUUCCUAGCAAAUCACCUUCCAGGGUUGUUUUCUGAUUUAAAAUGCUACUGAAGGAACCAUACAAAGACAGUCAGUUUUGAGUUGGGCACUGACAAUCAUGUAAAAAAUAAAAUUGGCUACUUGAAAUUUUGAGAUGCCUGCUUUUCUUUUAUAAUAAUGCACCUCAAAGCUUGAAAGAACUGACUGUAUAACCGAGUAGGAACCGUUUUGGAAUGAUAUUAGUUUUUACCAUCGAAUUGACUCUGAAUUCCUAUUUCUUCUUAAGCUUAAAUGUGUUGUGCCCUUCUUUUAAAAUUGUACUGGAAGUUAACAAAGUGGAUUUAAAUGCAUGAAAAGACCUGUGAUGUGUAGAAUAAGGGUCUCCACCAAAUUUAAGGGUCACAGUUGUCUGUGACCAUCAAAAGGUUUUAGCGUUACAUGGGACGUGGUCCCACACGGGUGGUUAUGGGUGGUGGAGAUGUGAAUGGGUUACUAAAACAUAUAUACAUUAUUUUUUAGGAAGCUUAAAAUAAAGGCUUGUUCUGUAUACAGCUCGGUACUGAGACAUUGUUCAGAUCCAGGGUUGCUGGGUAUUGUAAAUUAAUUAUUAACUAUACCUCGAUACAACGAACAUUUUGGUUUUUUUUUUCGAUAAUUCGUAAAAAUUGAGGUGUUUCGUAUACCACGAACACAUUUCCCCAGUCCCUUGGCACUUCGUUGAAUUGAGGUUCUACCGUAAUCACCGCCUGUUUUCGUUCAAUUUUUUGUUUCACAGAAGCGGAUUCUUUAAAGGCCGCGAACUCCUUGGAAACAAAGCGCCAGGCUUUUCAGAUGACUGAGAGCAUGGCAGCGGAUCAUAAAGGUAUUGUGGCAGACUUAUAAUCAAUGAAAUCGAGGGUGAUGUUGCCUAUGAACGGGCGUUCAUAGGCAAAAGGGAUUCUGUGUGUUACAUACGUGUGUACAUGCGUAAGUACACAUGAAGUUUACACACGUCAUUGAUACAUGUAUAAGGUGUGGUUUAAACGUUGGACUUCACAUUUGCCGGACUGAAUGGAUAAACUAUUUUACUACUAAAUAUAGUAAGACACGGUGCUUAUCCUUAUUAUCUAUCGAGCCAUCUGGAAAGUGUGAUUAAAACAUAUCCAUUAUUUAUGAUCAAUCGAUCGCGCUACCUCGUUGCUUAAACGUUUUAAUGUUUUUUUUUUUGCCUAUGUUUAAACUGAAGCAGUCGAAAUUGUGAAAUUAAUUACUCAACAAAAAAUUCCUCACUUCUUGGCAGACCCAAGACCUUUGAUGAAAAUAUUCCACAGCCUGGAAACUCACAAACUGAUAAUGCCUAACCAUGUCCAGGGAGGAAAGGGCACAUUUGGAACUGGCUGAGCCUUUUGUUUCAUUGAAAUUAUUUUUUGUAACCAUGGCUUGUUUUCGCAGAGCCUUUGAUGGAAAACGACAGUAAGCCAAGAAUGUACUCCCCUGUUGGCGAGAAGCUCGUUUCAGAAACUUCCGUUAAUAGUAACUGUGUGAAGAAAGCUGAAGCUGCAUCAGGAAAUCAAACCAAAAUAUUCACGGUCUCUCAGUCACAAAACAGCCGAAAGCGUAAAAAUUCAGAAUCUUCUGGUGAUCCAGGUAAACUAUAACAUGAUUUGUUUUCCUUGCUAUUGCCUACUAGUACAUCUAUAAAGGGUAUUACCCAAAGGUGCUUUUUUUUCACAGAACUUGUUAUCGUUACACUGUAGUAGUGUAAUUCAUUACCCACUUUAAUAAUCAACUCAGGUUUAACACCAGAUUUUAUCCUGUGUUCGAGAAUGCUUCAAAUCUGGUAGCCUUAGAAAACAGCCGACUUGUCACUGCCGUGACACUUCAUGAGUAUGGAAUUUCUGUGCUCGUUCGUUUCCUCAGACGUCAUUUCGUAUAGAAACGAGCGGUGUCGUCGCGAAAUGUCGGCUUUUUGUUAUAGGUUACAACUCUGGUGACCAAUGCAAGGUAUUGACUUUCGAACGAUGUAUAGUAGUCUAGAAUACGUUUCUCGUGAUAUUUUGUGUUUCGUUAAUAAAGAAAUUUAUUUCUCGGGGCAUUUUCUUUGUUUCAGAAAUUACUACAAAGCACACUUUUCAAGAACUGAAUGAUGAACAGAGCAAAAUAGUCCGUGAAACUCUAGAGCGACAAAUUCAAGUGUACAUCCGAUUUUGUAACAUUUCAACCACAGAGGGGGUGUCUGGCCUGAUAGAACAUAUACACCAGACGUACAACUUGGCCUUGAAAUCUGUGGGCUUGGGAUGUAUAGAAAUGUCUUUACAGUGCCCCUCCCUGGAGAGUCUUGAACGUUUGUGGAGUGAUUAUCAGUCUGGUCAACUUAAUGACGUUGCUGAGAGAUACCUUGUGACAGAUGACAUAAAGAAGAAACUGAACUUGAUGAAUGUCAGGUUGAAGACAACGAUUGAAGAUGAAAACUACCGGAUUUGCAAGAAGAUUUUAAUGGAAAAAUCAUGUGAGUUUGGAAGCUCU